AUGAAAUACUUGAUUCUUCUAGGAUUAAUAUCGUCCAUUACUCUGCCUGACACCUGCACGAGCACUGGUGUUGUUGCUUUGACAAUUGAUGAGGGGCCCAGCGCAUAUACAGACAGCAUUCUGGAUAUUCUUGAUAAGAAGGGUGUGCCUGCUACUUUUCAUUUCAAUCCUUCAAUUGUAGGCUCUGAGUUCCAAGGCAUCUAUGACAGAGUCGAGGAUGAAGGCCACGAGAUUGGAUUUAGGUCCAGCCCAAAAAGAGCAUACACAGACGAUCAGCCCUAUGAAGAUGUUGAGGAAGACCUAGACCAGCAGUUGAAGUUCAUGCAAUCCAGAACAUCGAAAGACAUUAAGUAUGCUAGAGCACCUAAAAAUGGUGAUCUUCCUGUUCAGAAUGUGUAUAAUUACUUUGUUAAACGUAAAAUAAUCCAGACUUCAUACAGCCUGUGCCCCCAUGACAAUCCGGACGAGGAUCCUGUAGACAGAAUCCGAGACUUCCUUGGCCCGAACAACUACAAACACGACUCAUUCAUUAUUCAACUCUACGAACAAAGACUUGAGCAGGACGGCAAUCUUUCUGAGAUAAUUGAUGCAAUAAAGGAAUAUAACUAUGAGAUCGUGACACUGUCCAGCUGUUUGGAUGGUUACGAGCCUGGAAAGCCUGUAACGAAAAGCAAAUCAGGUAGGCUGACGUCUUCCUGCAGCAAAAUGGUCUUUCCCCAGUUUAUUCCGCUGUUAAUGCACUACCUAAUAUAUUAA